AUGGUCGGAACCAGGCGCAACCUCCUCAGCAAGAAUUCGAGCUACACCAACGGCAACGGGACAGAAAAUGUCGUCAAGGGCCGCCACCGUGAAGACAUUGAAAGCGGCUAUGGAUCAAUCAACCCGGUCAAUUCCCAGCACAGGUUUCGCGAUGCGAUCAAGCAAACCAUGUACUCGACUCGCGCGAGCGAUAUGAAGAAGAAGUUGAUCGAUAACGUGGAUCAUACCAUGCUAGAGCACUUCAGAAAGAGCGAUACGAGCCUCGAAUGUAUACCGAAUAAGAAACUGCGCGCAUUCUACGAAGAACAGAACCGACGUCUCGACGACUGGUUGGAGGUUGACAUGGUGGUCUCAUCGCUCGCAGACGACAUUGUCGACAGCAUGCACCCACUUGAUACAGAUGGAGAUGGCGUGGCUGAGGACAGAGGGCCUCUCGGCACAAGUGGAGAGAGUCUCGAACCCUUCCUCCCAGAAGACGAACGUGAAAGACGAAGGAAGUCCGCUAAGCACGUGAGAUGGGCGAUCAAUAUCAACGUAUUUGUCAACAUCCUCCUGUUGGCCGCGAAAGGUGUCGCAGCCCUCUGGUCAAACUCCCUCUCGCUCAUCGCAUCUCUCGUCGAUUCCGCACUCGACCUCCUGUGCACGGUCAUCAUCUGGACAACGAAUAAAUUGGUGGGAUGGCGUUUAAGCAAGCUCAAGAAAAAGUUUCCGGUUGGAAGGAGACGCCUCGAGCCGAUCGGCAUCCUCGUGUUCUCCAUAAUUAUGGUCAUCUCUUUCUUGCAGAUUCUGAAAGAGUCAGUCGAAAAAUUGCUGCCCAGCGGUAACCACAAGAUCGCGGAGCUGCCGCCUGCGGCUAUAUUCGCCAUGGUUGCCACCAUUGUUGUCAAGGGCACAAUCUGGUUUGGAUGCGCAAGGGUCAAGACAACACAAGUCCAAGCGCUGGCGCAGGACUGCAAAACAGACGUCUACUUCAACACCCUAUCACUGCUCUUCCCACUCAUCGGCCACAAAGCGCAUAUUUGGUGGCUUGAUCCGCUCGGUGCAGCUGGCCUGUCGCUCUUCAUCAUCUAUGACUGGGCUGGUACUUGUCUCGAGAAUAUCACCCGACUCACAGGCGAAGCUGCAAGCGCAAACAUGGAGCGUAAGAUAUUGUUCAUGGCGUAUAGGUUUGCACCGCUUGUCGAUGGCUUCAAGUCCAUGAAGUGCUACCAUGCUGGCGAUGGUGUAUGUGUUGAAAUCGAUGUGCUAAUGCCCGAGGAUGCGUCACUGAGUCGGUGCCACGAUGUUGCCGAGACGCUCCAAUAUUGCUUAGAAGGAUUGAAAGAGGUUGAUAGGGCUUUUGUCACAAUUGAUUCUAACGUACGACAGACACUGCGCAAGGUCCUACUGGCCAUGCCCUUUCAGACGGCGAAUAAGUCAUGUGUUGUGGCUGAGCAAACUUAA